GUGGAAGCUACGGACAAGGACUGGCUGGACCACCACGGAUUACUCUACACUGUACGUGGUGACGGUGUUGAUGGUUACCUGCCAGACGAUGCUUUCUUCACUGUCAACUCUCUCACAGGAGACCUCAUCCAACUGAAGGCGCUGGACCGGGAUCCUCCCAGAGGGAAGGAUGCAUGGAAGGUGAGAGUACAGGUGAGGGACGGCCAGGCACUCUGGAGCAAACGAGCCAUAGAUCGUCUUCUCGCAUCCAGCUCAAGCAAACAACAAAAAACCUAAAAGAGAAGACGACUGGGAGACGAAGGAACCUCCGUGAUAAAUCAAAUAUCAGAUCAAAGAGAGAAAAGGUGAAAGAAUCCGCUGGGUUAAGAAGCAGCAAUGGAAAGAUGAAUGUUGAAGCACAAGAACCAAUUGAAAACCUCCCAAAAAUAACAGAGGAAAGUCAUCUCUCAGGACACACGUUAAUAACUUCAGUGAGUGAAGAUAGCAAACAUAUGUCACUUUCGGAGGCACGCGAAGACUCGCAUCUUUCAAAAGAGGCAAAUUACCCAAGAGAGCUUUCAGGGGAAACUGAAAGUAAAUCAUGUGAGGCAUAUAGACACAGGACAACAUCAACGUGGGGGACUACAGACGUUCACAGGAGAAUAAAGUAUGAUUCUGGAGGAAGUAAAGAUUUCGGUGAUAUAGAAUUAAAGCACAACCGCGGUAGUAAAGAAGAAAGAGCAAAACAAGAGAGAGCAAAUAGCGUUUCAGUGGCUAGGAAAAGUCAUCCUGGAGGCGGGUAUCCCAGAGCAAUCAGAGAUCUGGAAUUACACUCAGAUGGCCAGUCCCUCUCUACUUUAAAUUUCCACUCAGAGACCAAGAUCAGCUACUCUAAACGCAAAAGCCGUAACUACAAGUUAAUUUCCCAGUUUUCCCAGCUCUUAAACAUUAACACAACACCUGUCCUUCGAAGAAUAACUUCAGACAUUAAAUCAAGAAAAAUAACAGCUUUUGUUGCCAUGGACAAAGAAGCAGCAGAUAUCACUGUAUCAGGAGACAAUAAAAAGAACAAUUUCCUCGACAAGCAAACAUCUGCAUUCCCAACUAAUGUUUUGGAACCCACGAUAAAAUCUCGGACCGGCAGUAAAACCACACAGGCAGAAAAUUCAGAUCAUAUGUCUUCACCAGCUGCACGUUUUGGAAACAGAAUGACGAGAAGGACUCCCCAAGCUUACAGACUUCCUCGGCAGGCUGGCGUCCCCUCCAGCAGCAGGAGGAUAUCGGAACCAUCGGGAGAGGGACCUUUUAGAACCAGGAGCGAGGAACACACUAAGGGAACUGCUACAUCAGCAACAACAGGACGCUACAAACUGAGUAGCUACAACUACAAAGUCAGAACAGAGAAAUCAGCAAAAGAGGAACCAUCCAGAGGUUGGAAAAUGUCGAGUUCAGCAGUACAGGAAUCCUCCAGAGGCAGGAGAACAUCGAGGUCAGCAGAAGAGAACUACGAACUGGGUAACUUCAGCUCAGACAGCGGCUGCGACGACGCGGCUAAUGGCAACAAGACAGAGGCGACAGGUCGUCGUCUGGACGGCAGCAGUUUACAAGGUGUGGCUGGGUCGCGGGUACACGUAGCGGAGACUGUGGUGACGGUGCUGGUGAAGGACAUCAAUGACAACCCUCCAGUCUUCCCUAACGCAACCAUGUUUGGUGAGGUCCAGGAGAACGGUCCUAUUGACUUGUCAGUGGCCGUGGUGGCUGCCUGGGACGCUGACGACAUCACUGAAGGAACCAACGCCAGGAUAACUUACUCCAUCGCCAAAAACGUGGUGUACGAGCCCACGGGAGAGGCCAUCUUCUCCGUGGACCCAGACACUGGUCUCAUCCGCACUGCCAUCUGUUGUCUAGACCGAGAGACCACACCAGAGUACGAGAUCCAGGUUGUGGCGGUGGAUGGUGGUGGCCUCAAGGGUACUGGUGUGGUGGUGAUCCGUCUGGUGGACGUGAAUGACAAUUCUCCCAGACUGGAACGUUCACUGUGGGAGGUGGAGACGGAGGAGACCUGGGGCUCUGAACCUCCACACAACUCCACCAUCCUCCACAUCUCUGUCAUCGACACCGACACAUCAAACUACUUCUUCUACAGGGUGGUGGAGGCCAGUGGAUGGGGCUGGGAGCACUUCAGCAUCAGGACGGUGGGAUCAGAGGGACACAUCUUCGCCACUCAGACUCUGGACUAUGAAGAUGAAACUCACCGUCGAGGCUUCAAGUUCAUGGUGCAAGUGACUGACAAGGGACGCGGGGGGUGGAGGGACGCGCGUCACAUGGACGCAGCCUGGGUCACCGUCCGUCUGAAGGACGUUAACGACAACCCGCCCCAGUUCCACCGUCCUCACGCCCAUGUUACUGUGAGGGAGGACGCCCACCCUGGCACCCUCCUGGCUGCCCUUCCCGCCCACGACCCUGACAUGGGUGGAGAAGGUGUUGUGGACUACCACCUGGAGGGAGCCUGGGGAGCUCUCAGCGUCGACUCUGAAGGAGCAGUAACCUUAAGACGUGGACUGGACCGCGAGGCUCCUGACGGGGCUAUAGGUGUGGCCAGGAUCGUGGGCGUGGACCGUGGGCGGCCGCCCCUCACUGCCACUGCCACCCUCACCAUCACUGUCACUGACGUCAACGACAGUCCACCAGUACUGCUGCCACCCACACUCUUCCAUGUGACGGAAGGUGCCGCCCCCACACUCCUGGGUGCCCUUACUGCCACGGACCACGACGUGUGGGCACUGGGCCAUGGCCCGCCCUUCAACCUCUCCCUGGCGCCCACCAACCCCGCCCACGUCCUCGCCCACAUAGCACUCAAGUUCGACCCUCACCUUGACAGUGGUCGUGGAGGGGCGGAGGUGUGGACAGUGGGCGCCGUGGACAGGGAAGAGCACCGUCAGCUGCUGGUGGGCGUCCUGGUGGCUGACGCGGGGGGAGUGGCUGCCACCCACACUGUUACUGUCAUUGUCGACGACAUCAACGACAACCCCAUGAAGCCUGGAGCCAAGACUGUCUACCUCUGGAAGACUCAGGGCGGAGGGUCGGAGGCGCCUCUUGGUCGGGUGUUCGUGGACGACCCCGACGACUGGGACCUCCCCGACAAGAGCUUCCACUGGCGGGGCGCUCCACACCCUCUCUUCUCCCUCAACACUCACACUGGCGACCUCUUCGCCUCAAGCCAGGUGAAGGCCGGCAGGUACGACCUACAGUUCAGUGUGGACGACCUGCUGUGGGGUCAGAAGGACGUGGAAGCCAACGUGACUGUGGCUGUGAGGGUGUUGACCCCAGACGCCCUAGCCCACGCUGCCCCCAUCAUCCUCACGCCCACCACCCCCGCCCACCUCACCCAAGGAUGGACACCACAGCAAGGAGGGGGUGGCCUGGGACGGGUGGUGGAGGGCGUGUUGAUGGCGGUGGGGGGCGAGGCCCCCCACACCGUGGAAGUGGUGAGCGUGUACGCCCACUCGGACCGCCCACACCCUCACUACGCCCACACACAGCACCCAUCUCACCCCUCGGGGUUCUCAAGCGCCAGCUCCCGGCCACUGCCCCACGCCACCCACGUCUGGUCAGCACACUGGAGGAGUGCCAGUGGGCAGGUCGCUGCCUCCACCACCACCUCCGCCUGUGUGUGGGUCAGCGUCAAGGAAGCAGCAGGGACCUUCAUGGACCCCGUCAAGCUGCAGGGUCUGCUGGCACUACACUCGGCACAGAUAGAAGCGACGACCAACCUGACGGUGAUGAUAGAAUCCCCGAAGUCUGGAUCCAGCGGAAGUGACCUCUCUGACGAACCUGCCCUCCACUCCCUCCACCAGGCUGGUCCUCCUGACCCCUCCUCCGCUGCCUCCCGGGCCUCCACCACCCUCCCACUACAGGUGGUAGACACGAACUCCACCUCGCUGGUCACCCCGCUGCUCUCCCGAGGUCACGACUGUCAUGUCUAUGAACCUGAGACUUGCAUCCCCAGCACCUGCCUCAACGGUGGCCGUUGUCUGGGCCACCACACCGGUAACAGGUGUGUGUGUCCCGGGGGGUCGUGGGGGGCGCGGUGUAAGGUGUUGGCCAGGACCUUCAGGGGUGAUGGGUGGGCAUGGGUCCGCCCACUGCCGCCCUGCUUCCCCACCACCAUAUCCCUGAGACUCCUCACACGCCGCCCACACGCCCUCCUCCUCUACUCUGGCCCCCUGGCGCCCAUCCCGCGACGCCCGGAUGACCCGCCCACGCCCAUGCUGGCUCUGCAGGUGUGGCGUGGGCGGCCUCAGCUGCUGCUGGAGGGAGGUGCAGAGGCGCUCAAACUGGAGGUCAACAGCACAGUCAACGAUGGUGACUGGCACACCAUCCACCUCCACCUCCACUCUCACGGUGCUGCAAUGAUGGUUGACUUGUGUGGUCACAGCCCCGGGGAGGACAGUGACAUUCACGACGACAGUGGCACUCACGACGACAGUGGCACUCAAAAAGACACCAAAACUCAAUACGACCAGGGCUCUCAGGACGACAAUGACCCUCGGGACGACUCUCAUUGCGUAGCUCAGGGCUCGUGGACCCACUUACGAGACGUGGGAGCUUGGGUGGGUUCCUCACCUUUGCAAGUGGGUGGGCUGGCCCACACGCCCCCCAGCCCAACCCACCAUGGGUGGAGAGAGGCGCCCACACCACGCCCUCUAGAUGGCUGUAUCUCACAUCUCACACUCAACAGUCAGCUGGUGGACCUGGGAGAGCCGCCCUACAGCAGGAACACCGCCCCGGGCUGCCACCCACAGGAAAAGGCGUGUGUGGGUGGCUGUGGGCACCGCGGGCGGUGCGUGGGCGGCCUGGGACACCCGGAGUGUGAGUGUGACCCAGGGUGGGCGGGUCCAGGGUGCAACACUCCCACCAUCCCCGCCACUUUCGGGUCUUCGUCUUUCGUGAAGUUUGCGUUGUCUUUCACGCCGGCGCCGCAGGUGAUGUCAGUGCAGCUGCGCCUGAGGACGCGAGGUCUUCGUCAGGGCCUUCUGCUGCACAUGGCGUCUCCCAGACAGUCUGCGGCUUUCACAAUACACCUGCGAGGAGGUGUGGUGUGUGCCACAGUGUCAGGGGCGGGGUGGGCGGCACGGGCGGCCUGCGUGGAGGGGCGGCCGGUGGGUGACGGUGCCUGGCACACCGUCAGGGCGGAGCGUCACGGUGCCAACAUGGUAGUGAGCGUUGACGACGGUGACGGAUGGCGACGUAACGAGUCACUAGUGUCACUGAGACAGUCUGACGCUGUCGGAGGUGGACAGGAGCCUCUCACUCCCAUUGACUUGGGAGACGGAGUGAGCGUGGGCGGCCUGCCAGAACUGGUGGGCGUGACAGUGGUCAGCGUCCUCGAUGAUCUCAAAAACAGUUGUUUGGACGACGUGCGCGUGUCGGGUCGCCAGCUACCGUUGCCACCUGCACUGAAUGGCAGCAGGUGGAGUCAGGUGACCAGCUGGCAGGGUCUGGAGCCAGGCUGCUCCGCCCCUGACGCCUGCCUCAACACCACCUGUGACGCCCCGCUCUCCUGCGUCUCCACCUGGGGCAGUGCCAGCUGCAGGUGUGGGAGAGGACAGCAGGUGGUGGGGGGAGUGUGUGAGGACCUGGACGAGUGUGUGUGGCAGCCCUGUCUCCACGGAGGCUCCUGCUACAACCUGCGUCCAGGAUUCCAGUGUGUGUGUGGCCCUGGCCAUGCUGGGGAUCACUGCCAGUGGACCCACCCGGCCACCCCGGGCCACCCACUCACAGCUACCGUGGCCAUCGCAGCGCUGACACUCUCUCUACUACUCCUGGUGGUGAUGGGUGUAGUCAUCUCAGUGAGGUUACGAAGACAGUGGCUGGUGAGAGGUAUCGUGGGUCACAGAGAGGUGCAGGAGGCCACAGUCUUAGAGGUGAUGGAGACUGGACGCAAGAAUCACCAAGGAGAUGCUCCUCACAAAGCGUUUCUGGAGCGUCUUCAAAUCAGACUCCCACAGACUCGCUCCACGCCGCUCGGGAAAGGUGAAGAGGAAAGAGUACCAGCGAGUGAGAGCAGUGAGUACACAGCCGGAGUGCCGAUCCGUACUGGCGCUCCCGUGCCAAAAGUUGUGGACGUACCGACGGUCGUGGGCGUGCCGGCGGGCGUGGGAACCGUGGCAGGCUCAGGGGUAGUGAGCCCUGACCCACUUCCAGCCAAGGACGACCUCAGAGCCUAUGCCUACGAGGGAGACGGGUCGUCUGCCGGGUCGCUGUCUUCGGCGUUAUCUGGUCUUCGGGAGGAGCAACCUGAAGAAGGAAGUAUAAAACCCAUCGUUCCAGAGUUCUUGGAGGUGAUGGACUUACUCAAAAAUUUACCAGAGGCAUCCAUGUCUCCUCUUCUGACAAAACGGGAGAAUCAGGUCUCCAGAAAAACAGAGCAACAUACGAGUAAAAGCAGAGGCCAGGCGCUGACUUCUUUGCCAACAAAAGGCGCAAUUUACUCCAUGACCAAAACAAGAGGUUCCUCCCCCGUACUUACGAAGACAACUACAACAGUUUCUCCGAGACGUAGUUCAGUAUCCGUCGGAGAUGAAGAACAGAAGACAGUUUGUUGAGGCGAACCAAAACAUUCAAUGCAUUUACGGUGUACUGAAGUGUAAUCCCGAAGUUAUUUACCAGUUUGGUCCGAGAACCUGCCUCGAAUAUUAGUCAAAAAUGUCUCAACACAGUGCGCGGAGUUAUCCACUUUUUCUAAGAGUAACUAGAAUUUAUAAAGUUAUUAUUGUAUUAAGUGUGAUAGAUGGCAGAGGAAAGUAUUAUCGUACGUUCUAUAAUACGGAAUGGUAAGAUCUCUGGGAAAUAUAUCUGCGAAUAUUGACUUCGGAGACAAUGUCGACAAUCGUGUAAAACAUUUGCCUCAAAUGGCCGUACGUACAGUCACAUUCGCCCCUUGUAGUGGCGACCACUGUGGUGUCUUGAACCAUGUUAGAUUUAGAGGAUUAUUGACGUCUAAACAAGAGAGUUGAAAAAUAGUUAGAAAACUGAGGCUGUGACUUUUAUUUUGUCAUCUUUACCUUUCAUGUGUUAAUCUUUGUUACAAGAAACAGCGGCAUUAUAUCUAAAUAUUUUAUACGUUUAUAUAACACCUGUAUUAU